AUGUCAACGAGGUUUUCUCGAGAAGACACUCUAAUCUUACUAGAAUCACUCGGAAUAUCCCUACCUCCUACCACAAAAAUCUCACUAGACGACCUAAACAAGCGUCUCAAAGACGCACUAGAUGCCGCUCAACGGUUGCACGCAGUUAUCGAAACCCUCCCUCUAAACCCGGCUGACCACCCAAUAUGGCCUGCAGACAAAGAUCUAGAGGAGGCAACGCGCAAAUUCAACUUUAAAGAAGCCAUUCAGAUGCGCUUAGCGAAUGCGGCCCCGAAAGUGUCGUCGAACAAGAAAGACACGUUUUGGGAGAUGAGGAAGGUUGUGACCAGCUUUGCGCAAGAGUCACCUACCGGUCGCGAGUUUUGUAUGAGUGAUACUUUGGGAGAACUGGUCAACUGGGGAGUUUAUGUCAAUGUAACGCAAAUCCGCUGUAUCAAAGACACGCCCGUUUAUAUCCUGGUUUAUAAAGAAGUCAUCCCGCAGAAGGGACAGACGCUCUACGAUGCCCUAGAAUCGGUUAUUGGAACAAGUAACAGACUCCUCAUCAAUGUUCAAACGACCGAUUUCGAGCGGCAGUCCAUGUUAAAGCUUUUCCGCAUGAACGCAAAACGCCUCUCACCAAAUUUCCAUGCCAUAGAUGAGAAAAAAGCUCAGAAGAUGGGUUUAAAAACAUCUUUCGUCCUCCCUCUCGGUCCACUCAAUAUGAAAGAUACUGGCAAAUUUUCAAACGUCACCGGAUGCGAAGUGUGCGGCAAAACUAAUGUCAAAUGCCAAAAACAAGACUGGCCAAACCACAAACUGACCUGCCGCUCGCUUAAAGGCGGAACAUGGCGCACACUCACAUUUGAAGUAUACGACGCCGUUUUCCUGAGUCACAGCGACCACACGUCUCAGAUAGAAACAGCUAAUGCAGGUGUCGUCCCACCAGACAUCCACAACGGCAAAGUCUUCCUCGUAAAAUUCCAAAUAUCGCUGAUGCAAUUCAAAGAUGAAGCGCACAUGCUCAUAUACGAUCGACAGAGGAGCUUUAGAGGAAUUUGGAAACGUUGCAAGGAGCGUGAUCUGUUUGACGAAGCAGAGGAUAGCAUGGGCGAUAAUUUGAGGAUGUAUCGUUGGGCUCGACGCGUCGGCGAUUACCAAUUGAGUGUGUGCCUUGAUAGACCCCCAGCCAAAGAUCCUGUCUGGUGA